GGUGAACUGCAAUAUGCCGAAAACGGUAUGAACUUGGCGUUCUCCUUCAGGUUGUGGAUGGUGUUGCCUUUGCUGUUAUUCCCAGGGCUUCACCACAAGUGGUGAGCGCCUCGGUCUGUUGACGCUUUUGCCUUCGAUGUUUUGUCGAGCGCUUAGCUGCAAAUGGCGAGCUCCUCUUAGUUGUGCGCUGACGAUCUCGUAGGAACUGUGAUGCGGAAGUAACUUUGGGUCAUGCUUUGGGCACGUGCUGCAAGUGUGGCUCGGCUGCCACGUGUAAGACACAUCUGGUUUAAGCCAUUCGCUUUAGUUGCUGCUAGCUUGCUAUUGCGAAGGGAAUGAACAUGCUGAAAAGUCACUUGCGUGAGUUUCUCUGUUGCUGUUGCUUUAGCUGCAACAUUUCGAGCAUCGUACAGUUAGUACUACAUGUAGGAGUGAUGGGAUUGGAGAGAAACAUGAAUGGGACUGCAACGGGGCUGGAACAGGUAUCGGAACGAUAAUGGAAGACGGUAUGGAAAUGGGCUAGAAGACGCUUGGGGGGGACGGGGUUGCGAUCGCAAAAGGGUUUGAGUGGGAUGGAUCGGAAUUGGAGGACUAAACAGGGUUGGAACUGGAACAGCGUUGGAACAGGGUUGGAAUGGGACUGAAACGGAAUUGCAGAAGGAUUGGAGCAGGCUUGGGAACAGAAACAGGGUUUGAUAAGGGCUGGAACAAGUUUGCAACUGGAACACGGUUGGAACAGGCUUGGAUUGGGACUGGAACAGAAGUGCAGCAGGGGUGGAACAGGAUUGGAGCAGGACUGGAACAGAAUCGCAGCAGGACUGGAACAGGAUUUGAAUGCGAACAGGGUUGGAACGGGACUCAAACAGGGUUGGAAGAGGGUUGGAAUGGGACUGGAAAAGGAUUGCAAGAGGACUGGAAGAGGAUUUUAACGGGUACAGGGUUGGGACAUGACUCGAAAGGUCUGCAACUGGAACAGGGUUGGAAUGGGACUGGAACAGGCUUGGAACAGGGUUGGAAUGGGACUGGAACAGGCUUGGAACAGGGUUGGAAUGGGACUGGAACANGGAACAGGCUUGGAACAGGGUUGGAAUGGGACUGGAACAGGCUUGGAACAGGGUUGGAAUGGGACUGGAACAGGCUUGGAACAGGGUUGGAAUGGAACAGGUUUGGAACAGGGCUGGAACAGGGUUGGAGAAAAGGGCUGAUUCUUGUGCGGAAAUGGUGGGAUCUUGUCUGCACGGGGAAGGACUGGAAGUUGUUGUUUGUUCUAGCCUUUAGGGCGGACUCGCGCUAGGACUUUUUCUGUCUAGCUCUGGAAGUGAUUGCACUGUGGUUCGUCCAGCUGUGGGCAUAAUUGCAGUCAGAUACAUUUAGGCGAGUGCUAGUGUGAGUACGCCCUUAGCGUCCGAAUCUGUGUUCCCUUGGGCGACAGGUGUUCAACCAUUUACGAGGAGCGGAAUGUUUGUAGGUUGAGUGUAUUGUGCGAAUUGGGCUGAGAUUGCGCUGAAUGCUGCAGUGUGUUCAGGGGUUCGAACUCUGUGUUCCAUAGGGGAUAGGUCCGCUAGCUGUCCUCGUCGUAGUUAUGAAUGGCCUUGUUCAGUUUAUGGCCAUAUGAGGGGAAGAGGUCUAACUAGCUGUUAUUUUCCACAAAAUAGUUCCACUGCAAGGAGAUCAUUUAGGAGAGCAGCAAUAAACCAGAUUGCAACAUCUCACAGAAGACUAGACAUAAUUGAGCCAAGUUGAAAGCUGUGAGCACAGCAAUAAACCAGCUUGCGACAUCUCAAGGCGAAAAUGCACACCAAAUAGGGGGGAUGAGGAAUACACUUAAGUCUCUUGAUAAAGAAAGCCCUUCUACCACCUUCAAUCACCAUAGCAACGGCAAUGUAUAUCUUCCCUAUGAGCGCCCAGAACGCUCAUUCUACUUCCUAGCUCCUACUUAUCUAGCCUAUCUACAUGUCAGCAAUGGUCUGCAUGGCAAUCGUCUGAUCCCGCUUGAAGACCCUGGUCACACAGUCUGUCUUCGUCAACACCAGGUACGCGUAUCAAGUUGAAUGUGUAUGAACUCGUUAGAAAAGAAAAAUCGAUGUUCUCGGUUGCAUCGAAUGGUGUGCUUUUCACUGCCAUUCACUUUCAGAUACUCAGGGUAUCAGUUGUCGGACAGUCGUUGAUGCUUAACCACAUCCGCCGAGGUGAAGGUGGAUCAUAACUUACUAGAUGGUAACUCUGUUUGACGAUAUAUAUAAUGUCUUUUUUUUUUCCUUUUCUUUCUUUGGGCGGGUGGUCAGUGUUGGGGUUGGGGUUGGGGGAAGUGGCGAAGGCGGUGGAGCUGGGAAGGCUUAGCCAUUGAGUUGUGUCGUCUCUCAAACAGGUUGGUGGUCUGUAUCUGGCCAUCAGUAGCAUCUGAUUACAGAGCACGCAUCAGGCCAGCUUCACCAUUCCGGUGGAGACAGUGAGACGUGUUUCGGAAAUAAUUUAAGGAACUUGCUGAGAGUUGAGAUCAACCAUGCACAACGCACUUCACACGAUUCUCACACAAGA